AUGGAGGAGAUCAACAAGGCUCUGGCGGACCUGACGGCGGCCAUCAGCGGCAUGUCCGCCCAGAUCAGUGAGAUCCACCCGGUGGUUCUCGAGCUUCAAGGAUGGCGCCCGGCGAUCGAGCGAUCCGUCGACGAGCUACGGGCGGAGGUGACCGAUCUUCGCCAACACAUCCAGGCACCGCGCCCAGCGGCCGCGCAGGCGCCGGAUCCGGCGCUGCUGAAGGAAACGGCGCCCUCGGUCCGCCUCUCCGACCUGCCGCCUCUGCUUCCAGACAUGGCCGGCACGUCUCUCCAUCGACCAGGCGAGCAGCCACACGCUCGCGGUGACGGCAGUCACGGGCCCGAUGGCCGCGGUGUCGCACAUGAUCUUCGGGGGAAAUCGGUGGGUGAGAUUCACUCCCCACGAUUGCCUCCGGCCACUGGUACGUACGAUCUCCUUCCGUAUGGCGAGCAGUCGUUCUCAGGGGACCGGGGAUAUCACCGUUUGCCACCACCGCCGCGGUUCGAUUUCCCUGUUUUCGACGGGACGAACCCGAAGGCUUGGCGUCUUAAAUGUGAAGCUUACUUCCGCGUUUGCACCCUUAGCCCUGACACUUGGGUCAGUUGCGCCGCCAUGUAUUUCACAGAUGGGGCUCUCACUUGGCUCCAGUCCUCCCAAGCUCACUUGCAUUAUCAGGAUUGGGGGGGUUUUGCUGCCGUGAUCUGCGCCAGUUUGGGCGUGAGGAAUUCCAGAACCUGUUAA